UUCGUUGACUCUCCCUUUAUCUCCAAACAGCGCAUACUAUAAUCGUUGGCGAUAAAAACAUGUUAAUGUACUGAGUUGUGUGCUUAAGAUAUUCGAGUAACUAUCUGAAAGGACUUGCUUUCAACAGUCAACAAAAGAUGGAUGCAGUUCCAGGGAGAAUCGCACCCGAGCCUGCAGGAUCCUCCCACGACCACACUUUUUGUCAGCCAUGUGCUGAAGAUGGGAAGAUAAUCCUUCCCGAAGCCUUCUGUCCCGUCUGCAAGGAGUUUUUGUGUUCCCCCUGCGCUCGAGUACACAGGAACAUGAAGCUUACCAAAAGUCACGCUCUCCAGGACAAGAGUACCAUGCCUUCUUCAUUGUACACAGAGAGUGAUGAUGAGACGUUUACAGAAACAUGCCAGCACCAUGCUAAAGAGUUUACAAAAUAUAAAUGUACCAAUCACGAGGCAUUACUCUGUGGAGAAUGUUUGGCUGACAAAACCCACCGCUCAUGUAACAUUGAAAAGAUUUCUCAACUUGCAAAACGGUACAGGGAGGGUACAGAAUACAACAGUCUGAAGACAGGACUUGCCCAGAUGGUCAAUGACAUUAGCAAACUUUCGCACGAUAUACAUACAGACAUGAAAACAGUUAACGACGAAAGCAUUGCAAAUAUCAAUGAGCUUCGCAAGUUUAGGAAUGAAAUCAACCUAUACCUUGAUAAGAGGGAAAAAGAGUUACUGGAAGAAAUUGAGCAGACGAAAGAGAAAUCACAAAGCCUGUUAAGUGAACUAAAAUUAAAUUGCCAAGACAUACAAGCUGCCACUGAGAAGCUCAAGGUCGAGCUACAAGCCAUGGAGGUCAACAACAACCAGCUGUUCAUAUCUGGAACAAGAGCCAUUAAGGAGUUAUUCGGUCUACAGUCAGCCCUUAAGGACAUCAGAGAGAGAAAAGUGCCUUACUUUAAGUUCAACAGGGACCCCGCCACAGAACAGCUGCUGGCCUCAUGCACAGCAAUUGGCAGAGUGGAUCAGACAGAGUCAGAUUUUGCAGACCAUCAGAAACAGUCGCAGGGGCGAGCCUUAAACCAGUGCAGAGCAGACCUAAGCCAGUCCCAGUUUAGCAAGCUGUUUGACAUUCCAGUGAAGACGGCAGCCGACCCCAUUAAAUGCGGGCUGACCAGUGUGGCCCUUCUGUCCGGAGAAAGGCUCCUACUAGCUGACUUCAUAAAUAGCUCAGUAAAGCUUGUGGACACCACUACCAACAAGAUGGUGUCCCAGGUGAAACUUCCAGGUGAUCCGCAGGACCUGUGUCUCCUGCCUGGGGACAGGGCAGCUGUAGCUCUGCCUAAUAAGAAAAAGAUACAGUUCGUAUCUACUCGGGGAAAUGUAACACUACAGGAAGUUGUUAAUGUAGAUGGACGAUGUUAUGGAAUAGAUUUCUGUGAUGACAACCUGAUAGUGUCCUUCUCCCGCCCAGGAAAGGUUGUGAUGAUUGACAUAAAGGGAAAGGUGAAGAAAAGUGUGGACAAAGACAGCAGUGGAAAACCUUUGUUUCUGUAUCCUGAGUAUCUGACAGUGACCAGAGAGAGCCAGACUCCUCCGGUCAUAUAUGUCACAGACAUGGGCACCAACACCGUAACCAAGCUGAGCAUCUCACUAGAGGUUCUCCAGACCUACAAAGACCCGAUACUGAAAUCACCACGUGGUCUUACAGCCGUGGGUGACAACCAGCUGCUCGUGUGUGGGUGGGACAGUAACACCAUACUGUUAGUGGACACGCUCACCGGCAAGAUAACCCAACUGCUGGGGAAGGAAGAGGGGAUAGAGAAUCCACAAAGUGUGGCUUACUGUUCACUGAGGAAGAUGUUGUUUGUCACCUGCUGGUGGUUUGGCAGACCUGAUUCGGAUAAUAUCGUAAAAGUAUUCAACUUAGUACAGUUCAAGUCUGCCAAUUAAUAUGAGUGAAAUCUGUAUCAGGUGUGAAAUAAUUGUUAGGUUUAAGAAUAAUUCUAAUAUACAGUAUCAUACUGACAAUACGCUUAUACAAUGCUUUAUUUCACAUAUCGAGCGAUUCAAUUACUGUGAGAGUGUUUGACGGAAACUUGACUUUUAAAUUAUUUUGAAUUCUAACAGUUAUCAUGAGUGACAAGUAGUGUAGUAAUGUGUUAUAAGAAAAUAAUAUACGAGUUUGAGAAUGUGUAUUAUUAAUUGAAAUGUUAGUAGCUGAUUGUGUAUGAAAUAUACCAACAAGUUGGUUUCUUACUUGUGAAUGUUUAAUUAAACAAUAUAAUUGUGUAAUAGAAUGAUUCAGAAUAUAGAUUACAGAGUUGUAGAUGUUUAAAGUGUUUAUAUUGAAAUUAAACAUACAUGUUCGUAUCUUUAUGCAUGUUUAUUGAAUGAAUAAUUCUAUAGACAUUGACCUUAGUGUGGAUUGUUUGAACAGACAUUGACCAUAGUUAAAAUAGUUGAAUUGAUAUAUGAAUUGAAUGAU